UCCUACAACUCAAAGAAUCAGAACAAUUUCAAAGAAUCUCUGUGAAGGGAAAAAAAAAAAACAAAGAAGGAUGGCUGUUGGGAUAUUGGAGGUGUUGUUAGUUAGUGCAAAAGGCCUUGAAGACACUGAUUUCCUAGGUGGAAUGGAUCCUUAUGUUAGAAUUCAAUACAAAGGUCAAGAGCGCAAAAGCAGUGUGGCUAGAGGUGGUGGUUCUAGUUCAUCAUGGAAUGAAAGAUUCACAUUCAAGGUGGAGUACCCAGGUUCAGGUGAUGACUACAAGCUUAUUCUUAAAAUCAUGGACAAGGACACCUUCUCUGCUGAUGACUUUGUCGGCCAGGCCACGAUAUAUGUGGAGGAUCUGUUAGCCAUUGGAGCAGAGAACGGGAAUGCUGAACUACAUCCUGGUAAAUAUAGUGUAGUUCAAGCUGACCUAAGUUAUUGUGGAGAGAUUCAAGUUGGUGUUACUUUCACUCGUAAGGUUGAGGAUGAAGAAGAGUAUGGAGGGUGGAAGGAAAGCAGUUUUUAGCUUGGCUCAAACUGUUGGGUCAAUUUUCACAAGCAUGUUAAUGUUUUUAGCUUGGAAUUUUGUAAAAUAUUUUUAUGUGUUUUAGCUUUGGAAAUUUUGUAAACUCUUUUAAGGAUGUUGUUGUGCUAUCUUUUUGUUAUUUAAUUUUAGAAUUUAAUUAUGUUAUUAUGUUUGAUUUGAUCAUUCCAAACUAAGGAAACUCUCAUGUUAUAAAUUG